AUUGGGCAAUAACUAGGACCAGCAGACUAGCAGUACAAUAAGAUUAAGUCACGUACCCCUUCAGUUCCCAACGACUUCCUGAAUUUGUCCUAAAAAUAAAGAGUCCAGACUCCAGAAGCCACCACUCAAUCAUCAAUCGUAUAUGAUCAUGGUUCACAGAAGAAGCACUGCAGCCUCCUUCUUGGAGGUUUUCUCACUGAACCCUCUGCCUUAUCCGGUUCUGCUGUUCUUGGGAGUCAUCUGUAUCUUUCUUGGUCUCCAGUCGUACGUCUCUUACGAGUCAGUGGUAGAGACCGCUGAAGUAAACCUGGGAUGGAUAAUGUUUGCCGUGCCGGUGGUCUUGAUAUUCCUCGUGCGGUUUUUGUCCAGCAUAGACAGCCCGGAGAGCUUCUUUUGGGGUACUUCGCCGUGGGAUCGGCAUCGGAGGAUGCAGUACUAUCGGUACCCGGAAGGGAGCUCGCCCUGGGGAGUGGCUGCCGUGAUACUGCUGCUGAUUGUUUUGCUGCAAUUUCAGUCUACUUUUCUUGAUAGUUGGUUUAUAUGACCAGUAGUAGUUGUUCUUGUGCAACAUCAGUUCAUAGUCCACUUUCUCUUGUGUUUUUGCAAGUAUAUACAGCUUGUUGGUUGAUAGUAAUAAUUGGUUUUGCGUUACUCUUUC